AUGGUAGGAUUACUCACACGAAGACUUCUCAGGGACUGGAAGCAGAUUUCACGCCAUUAUCAGCAUAUCAGGGACAAAAAUAGCAUACUAUUUCAUUUGAAACCACAAGACUCCAAUUUGCAUGUAUGGCAUUUGGUGAUUAAUCAGCCCCUGAAGCAUGCAGAGCUGUAUUUGCGGCUGUUUGUUGGCAGUGAAGAGGAACCGUCAAUAAUAUUGAGAUGUUUGACGCCCAACAAUAGGUUCCCGGUCAACAGAAAUAUAUCUUUGACACAUCUCAACUAUCUUCUCAUCGACUAUGGGUUUUUUGCUCUGCUGCAGCGCAUAUGGAAGCUCUUUUUCGAGCAUGCAGAGACUUUGAGUGCUGUCCAUGAACAGGAAUCGAGGUUUUGUUUUGCAUGGAAUAGAAUCGUGUGUCGAGAUUUCAAGUUGAAUUUUCCUGAACUAGUAGGUUGCCUGGCCCCUGGAGACUACGAAAUGAUCAAAGAUCACAGCAAGAGAAUUGGGCAAUCGACGCACCAGACCAGGAAGGUGGGAUCCAACACAACAGUCGAUAAUGGAUCUACAGAUGAGAGUUAUAACGAGAGUAAUCUAAUUGCAUGUGAUGAUAGCUUUGCACGGGGAGCCAAUCCAUUUUCCAAGAGACGAUGGUCGGGCAAUGUUGAGUCAGACGACUUUGAGGUAGCAUCAACUCUAAAACGAGCUAGAAAAUGA